UGGUUACUAUACUAAUGUUGCAUGUAUUUAAAAAUGAAUGAAGUAUGUUAUAAUAUAACUUUAAAACUAAUCAUAUUAGUAUUAAUUAUCUGAAUACCGUUAGCUAAAAACAAUUUUAUUUCAAAAUUAUUGAAAGCAGAAAAAAUAAUCCAACGUAAACUAUUAACUAUUACAAGUAUUUUAUUCAAAAAAGAGAAUGUUUCAACUGAAUUAAAGUAUUACACCGUAUCUCAAUCUUCCCUCGUCCUCUCAUCCUAUAUAAGUGGAUCUUCUACCCUACGUUUUAGCACACACAACUACACAAGUAGAGAAAAUCUAAAAGAAAAAAAAAAAAAAGAGAAGAAAAUCUUAAAGAGAGUAAGGUUGAAGAGUGAAAAAUGGACGCAAGUGCAGAGAGAGAAGCGCCACCGCGGCACGGCGGCGGAGGAGGAGGAGGAGAAGUAAAAGAAGUUAAGAAAGUGAUAAAGGUGGUAGUGAUGGUGGUAAUGUUGGGGUACUUAUUCAUGUGGUUUAUUAUGCCCACUAAUAUGUACAAAACUAAUUGGAAGACAAAAUUAACAGCUAACUUAAGCUCCACUUAUUUUGGUACUCAAGGUCUACCGUUGUUGAUUUUCACAUUUCCUGUUCUCUUCAUUGCUGUUCUAGGAUCCGUGUACCUCCAUUUAGGAAAAAAGUGUCCUGAUUAUGAACUAAGAAGGAAAGAAGAGAAAAGUAGUACUACAAGGUGGUUAGCGACAUGGAGAAGGCCAGUGCUGGUGAAAGGACCGUUGGGGAUAGUCUCAGGGAUAGAAUUGUCAUUUCUUAUGAUGUUCAUCGCCUUUCUCGCUUGGUCAUUGACUGUGUACUUGCAUGUUGGUUAUUCUAAAAUUAAGGUCCAAGGUUAUGGUGGUGGAAGAUGGUUGUAUAAGUGGGAAGCAACCGUAUUUAGGUUAGGGUUGACCGGUAACAUAUGCUUGUCAUUGUUAUUCUACCCGGUAACUCGUGGAUCGUCAAUAUUGCCAUUACUAGGGUUAACCUCAGAAGGAAGCAUUAAAUAUCACAUUUGGCUUGGCCACUUGACCAUGGCACUUUUUACUGCUCAUGGCCUUGGCUACAUCCCUCUUUGGGCUGUCGCCGGUGAAAUUUCCGAGGCACUAAAUUGGGAUAAAACAGGAGUAUCUAAUGUAGCAGGAGAAAUAUCCUUAUUCUUUGGACUAAUCUUAUGGGCAGCAACAUACCCUGGCAUCAGAAGAAAGUUUUUUGAAGUCUUCUUUUACACUCACUACCUAUACAUUCUCUUCAUUGUAUUCUUCUUCUUCCAUGUGGGAAUUGGCUAUGCAUUCUUCAUGCUUCCUGGCUUCUACCUCUUCAUGAUCGAUCGUUACUUGCGAUUCCUCCAAUCGAGCCAACGUGUUCGUUUGCUCUCUGCUAGAGUCUUGUCUUGUGAAGCACUUGAGCUUAACUUCGCCAAAAACUCGAGUUUGAGUUAUAAUCCUACAAGCAUAAUGUUUGUCAAUGUUCCAAGCAUUUCCAAGCUACAAUGGCACCCUUUUACUGUUACUUCUAGUAGUAACUUGGAGGAAGAUAAGGUUAGUGUUGUGAUUAAGGUUGAAGGAAGUUGGACUAGGAAACUUUAUCAAAUGGUUUCGUCUUCGUCUAUUGAUCGUCUUCAAGUCUCAGUUGAAGGACCUUAUGGACCUGCCAAUAACCAUUUUCUAAGGCAUGAUACACUUGUAUUGGUGAGUGGAGGCAGUGGAAUAACACCAUUCUUCUCUAUUAUCCAAGAGCUUCUCUAUGCUAGCACCACUAUGAAAUGUCAAACCCCGAAAAUUCUCCUUAUUUCCUCAUUUAAGAAAUCCUCAAAUCUCUCCAUGUUAAAUCUCCUCCUUCCACUCUCUGGCACCACUUCUGAUCUUUCUAACCUUAACCUACAAAUCAAGGCCUAUGUAACAAAAGAGAAAGAACAAACCGAAGACUACCUAACACAACCGCGAACCAUAUGGUUCAAGCCGAAUGCAACUGAUUCACCCAUCUCACCUAGCCUAGGCAAUAAUGGUUGGCUUUGGCUUGGUGCCAUAAUCGCGUCAUCCUUCAUUGGAUUCCUAAUCUUCAUUGGCUUACUUACAAAAUACUACAUUUACCCUAUUGAUCAUAACACAAAUAAAAUCUAUCCUCAAGCCGCAAAAACAAUCUAUUAUGUCUUGAUCCUAUGUGGUUGUAUGAUGGUGGCAGCUAGUGGUGCAUUUUUGUGGAAUAAGAAAAGGAAUGCCAUGGAAACUAAGCAGAUUAUGAGCAUGGAAGGGAUCACACCGCAAGCGACACCAGAAUCAAGGUUCUAUAAUGCUGAUAGAGAGCUUGAAAGUCUCCCUCAUCAGUCUAUUCUUGAGUCCACAGAAGUUCACUAUGGUGGAAGGCCUGAUCUCAAGAAAUUGUUGUUCGAUUGUAAGGGAUCGAGUGUUGGGGUACUUGUUAGCGGUCCUGCUGGGCUGCGACACGAAGUUGCAGCCAUAUGUGGAUCAGGUUUGGUAGAGAACUUGCAUUUUGAGUCAAUCAGUUUUAGUUGGUAAGGUGCUAAUCACGACUCAGUACACUGUACACGGCAACAACUGAUGAAACAACAGAGUUUGAGCCAGGUUUAUUUCUAGUGACGUAAAAUCGUUCACUUUCUACGUGGAGCUUGAGAGCCUGAUGUAUUUCUUUUACAGUUUAAACCCCCUUGAUUUUUCCAGCGUGACUUUUCUAAUCAAUACCAAUGUAUAAAAAACUUUGUACUUCUUGUAAAACUACAAAAUGGAAGGCUGGAGUAAUCUUCCAUGGUUUGAGUGUGUAAUUAUAAUCUUCUUAACAUAGUUAAUGAGAACAAAGUUAUGUUUGUCUUUCCUUUGUCA